AUGCCAUUUGAAAAUUAUGAAUGGAGUGAUGUUGUUCCAAUCGAACAAGAUGACGGGCCUGAUCCGCUUGCCCAAAUAGCAUAUGAUCCAGAAUAUUCAAAGGCCAUGGGUUAUUUUCGCGCGCUUUCCCAAAAGAAUGAACAUAGCGAGAGAGCCCUAACUCUCACAGAAAAGAUAAUUGAACAUAAUCCUGCUCAUUAUACUAUUUGGCAUUAUCGUCAGCAAAUUUUAUUCACUUUAAAUAAAGAUUUAAAUGAAGAAUUGGAUUUUAUUCAGAAGCAAGUUGAACAAAAUCCAAAGAAUUAUCAACUUUG